ACUUUUGACUGCUUUUGACACUAAGGGCUGUCACAUACACAUAUGUGUGGACCAUAAAUAAAUAUAUUUAAAAUUAAAUUGCUACAAUGAGUGUAACACCAAAGUUAGAUGAUUUGGUCCAGUAUGUUUCUUUAUAUACUCGUUUACCAACUUUACUACAUCUAUAUUUGUUACCGUUUAUCUUAAUUUAUUCAGCAUGGCUAUAUCUAUGGUUGGGAAUUUAUGGUUUUUAUGAACAUUAUGAGGGUGGUUUUGUUGGUCUUGCAGUUAUUGGGUGUUUACAAGUGCUUUCAUGUCUGGCGUGUUACUGGUCAGUUCAUGUUAACUGCUUUUUUAGCUGUAGAAAGGUAAAAGAUCCACACAAGGCUACCUUAGCAAAAGUUAUUCCAACACCUAACAAUGGAAGUUCCGAACUUGUAUGGCUACGUCAUAACAGGCUGGAAACAGGCCCAUCCAUCUGGUUUAUGUUUCAAAAAACCAAAUAUAUAUGGAAUUCUGAUAAGAAGACAUUCAGGGGCCUAGAAUUUCCGAUACAUAAAAGCUUUUCUGAGUACAUGGGAUCCAAGGGACUCCAAGAAGAUGCUGAUUUACUGGAAGCUGAACAGUUGUACGGAAAAAAUUUCUUAGACAUGGGUGUUCCUGAAUUCAAAACACUUUUCACCGAACGUGCCACAGCUCCCUUCUUCGUGUUCCAAGUGUUUUGUGUGGGACUUUGGUGCCUUGAUGACUUCUGGUAUUAUUCUUUGUUCACGCUUGUGAUGUUAGUACUUUUUGAAUGCACCCUAGUGCAGCAACAGCUUAGAAAUAUGGAUGAAAUCCGCAAAAUGGGCAAUAAGCCCUACAAUAUACUAGCAUAUAGAAGCAGGAAGUGGAGAAUGUUGACCACAACAGAGCUAAUACCAGGAGAUAUAAUCUCCAUAACCAGAUCUCAAAAGGACAAUUUAAUACCCUGUGAUGUAUUGUUAUUGAGAGGAACGUGUAUUGUAGAUGAAAGUAUGUUAACAGGAGAAUCUGUGCCUCAAAUGAAAGAAGCCAUAGAAAAUUUCGAUCAAAAAACUGUGCUGGAUCCAGAAGGGGAAGGAAAACUACAUGUUUUAUUUGGAGGUACCAAAGUUGUUCAACAUACUCCCCCAACAAAGGCAACCACAGGGUUACGACCACAAGAUGGUGGUUGUGUUGCUUAUGUUUUACGUACAGGGUUUAAUACUUCUCAAGGGAAGCUACUACGAACGAUUCUCUUUGGAGUUAAACGUGUCACAGCAAAUAACAUGGAAACAUUUGGUUUUAUCGUGUUCCUUCUAGUUUUCGCCAUUGCAGCUGCUUGGUACGUAUGGACAAAGGGUAUUGAAGAUCCCAAAAGGAACAGGUACCAAUUAUUCUUGGAAUGUACAUUAAUAUUAACAUCAGUUAUUCCUCCGGAAUUACCUAUUGAAUUGUCCUUGGCUGUUAAUACGUCAUUGUUAGCCCUAUCUAAGUUAGCCGUUUUUUGCACGGAGCCUUUCCGCAUCCCGUUCGCCGGCAAAGUAGACAUCUGCUGUUUCGACAAAACGGGCACGCUCACGAGCGACAAUCUGGUAGUGGAAGGAGUGGCCUUAGCCGAAAAAGAUUCCACUCCUACGGCUGUUGCCGAUUUGCCGGCGCAGACGCUGCAAGUGUUGGCCACUUGUCACUCUUUGGUGCAAUUAGAUGAUGGUUUAGUGGGCGAUCCGUUGGAGAAGGCUACGUUGACAGCUAUAGACUGGAACGUCACAAAAGCUGAUGCGGUGGUUCCCAAGAAGGGAAAAUUACCCGGGUUGAAGAUAUUUCAUAGGUAUCAUUUUUCAUCUGCACUCAAACGAAUGUCAGUAAUUGCUGGAUACAAUGCUGUAGGAUCGACGGAUACAAUCUACAUCGCUACAGUAAAAGGGGCGCCAGAAACUCUUAAGUCCAUGUUUUCCGAAACUCCAAAAUUAUACGAUGAUGUCUAUUUGGAACUAUCCAGGAGAGGUGCCAGGGUUUUAGCUUUAGGUUUUAAAGAAAUGGGUAGACUGUCAUCCCAGGAGAUUCGUGAUUUGAGUAGAGAGGACGUGGAAAAAGAUUUGAAAUUCGCCGGGUUCGCUAUAAUUUCUUGUCCCCUGAAAACCGAUUCAAAAUCUGUGAUAAAAGAACUACAGUACGCCUCGCACAAAGCCGUUAUGAUAACGGGAGACAACCCUUUGACAGCUUGCCACGUUGCGAAAGAAUUAAAGUUUACAACGAAGACAACCGUUAUCUUGACGCAGGCUGACGACAUUUAUAUUUGGAGGAGCAUAGACGAAAGCAAAGAACUGCCCUUGGAGUACGACUACAAGAAACUCAUCAAAGAAUACGACCUUUGCAUCACUGGAGAUGGUUUAAACCACUUAAGAGAUAGAUACAACGCGUUCCUUCGGUUAAUAAUGCCUUACAUCACUGUAUAUGCGAGAUUUGCUCCCAAACAGAAGGAAUUCGUUGUGACACAGUUAAAACAUUUAGGAUACGUCACAUUGAUGUGUGGAGAUGGUACGAAUGAUGUUGGGGCUUUGAAGCACGCGGAUGUUGGCGUGGCUAUUCUGGCUAAUGCUCCGGAAAAGCUUCCGGAUCCAAAGGUUCAAAAAGAGAAGUUAGAAAAGGAAAGAGAAAAGAAACAGAAAGAACUAAAGGAAGCAAUGUCAGCUCAAAGACCUAACCAUGUACGAAAUAUGAUAAACCAAAGAGAUAAGCUACAAUCCAAAGUUGAUAAAAUGAUGAAGGAAAUAGAAGAGGACCAAACACCGAUCGUUAAAUUAGGAGAUGCCAGCAUUGCUUCACCGUUUACCAGCAAACUGUCUUCGAUCAUGUGCAUUUGCCACAUAAUCAAGCAGGGAAGAUGUACUCUAGUCACAACAUUGCAGAUGUUCAAGAUUUUAGCGUUGAACGCCCUCAUAUUGGCAUAUACGCAAUCGGUGUUAUAUCUGGACGGAAUUAAAUUAAGAGAUGCUCAAGCCACGUUGCAGGGUCUACUUGUGGCCGCUUGCUUUUUGUUUAUAUCCAGAUCAAAGCCUUUAAAAGUGUUGUCGAAGCAAAGACCAUUGCCGAAUAUUUUCAACCUAUACACCAUUCUGACUGUGAUUACACAAUUUGCUGUACAUUUUUGCUGCCUAAUUUAUCUGGUACAGGAAGCUAAGUUGAGGUCCCUGCCUGAGGACGAUCCUUUAAAAAUCGAAGCAUUAGACAUUAGUGAUGAAGAAAAAGAGAAACUGUUCAAACCUAACAUUGUAAAUAGCACCGUAUACAUCAUUUCCAUGGCGCUCCAAAUAGCUACAUUUGCUAUUAACUAUAGGGGAAGACCUUACAUGGAGAAUCUGAUAGAAAAUAAGCCACUACUUUAUAGCGUUCUAGGAACUGGAUCUGUUGUUUUGCUUUUAACUUUAGGUUUAGUUCCUGAAUUAUCAGCAUCGUUUGAAAUCAUCGAUUUUCCACCAGAUUUCCGAAUUAUCCUACUACAAAUCCUAUUCGCAGAUUUCUUCUUUUCCUUUUUGUUGGAUAGACUGUGUCUAUGGUUGUGCGGAGAAGGAAGCAUGAGAUUAUCUUAGGACAUUAUUCGAAAUAAAGACUAAUAACCUGAACAUAGUAUUUAUUUAUUGUAAGUCAUUCCAUUUGAAAUAUGUUAUCAGAUCAAACGAGUGUUUGUGAUUUAAAAAAUAAAUAAAUAUUUUUUACUUGUUA